CUUAACACUUUGUACAUACGUAUGUACAACGUCAGUUUUUUCCUAUACAACAUUAUUCCGUCGUUCCAUCCGUCACUUGCGGUGCAGUCCCCCCUCCCAUACGAAUCGUGGGUACACGGUUCAGGGAUGCCGACUAUUCCCGUACGCCGACGAUCGCGGUCAACUACGAAUUACCUUUCCUCGCAGUUGCAAAGAUUUAUUUACGCGCGUAGUUAAGUGUCGUAGACAACCGAGUGGUUCGCAGCGUCCACCGCGAGUACAUAUGCCAUCUCCGAUUGAUUUACGGUGCGGAAAUCGUCUGCGGUGAUCCUUUUGUUUUCGAAAAGUGUAAACAAGUUUUGCUCGAUAAAAAUACGAUCGAUGUUUUUCUCCGUCGAUGAUUGUGGGACAAAGGCGAUUUUUUAUUCAAAUCAGCAGCGACGUGCGAUACAAUGAGGUGUUCGUGGGAAAAUUUUAACUUUCUACUGUACAAGUGGUAAGAAUUUACAAGAACUCCAAAGUGCGAAACGAGACUUUUCUUCGUUGGAAAACUAUAAUCAAUUACUGCUGCGUGAUCGCACGAGACGUCUGAAUUGAAUAAUAACAAAACAGAGAACAAAAAUAUCGCAUCGACCGAAGGAAGAGCCGCAGCAUCCCCGAAAGAAUCCCAUAAGCUAUAAAUUACUCCGAAGUUAGCCGCACGUCGGUCCGGAAUGGAACGUUGGGCAGGACGUGUGGCGGUCGUGACGGGCGCGUCUUCCGGUAUCGGAGCGUCGAUCGCCGAAUCUUUGGCUCGCGAAGGGAUGAUAGUCGUGGGACUGGCGAGAAGAAAAAAUCGGCUCCAAGAUUCAGCCGAGGCGUUGAGCAUCGCGAAAGGAAAACUUUAUCCCGUUCAAUGUGACGUUUGCAAUGAAAAGGAGAUCCUGGACGCCUUCAGGUGGAUCAGAGAUCACUUGGGCGCCAUUGACGUCCUUAUCAACUGCGCGGGUGUUGCGCAUUUCGCAAAUGUCAUCAGCGGAGACACGGACGGCUUUCGUCGCAUUCUAGACGUAAACGUCUUAGCUGUCGCCAUAUGCACGCGAGAAGCGGUCGCGAACAUGCGAGCACGUCGUGUCGAUGGUCACAUAAUCAACAUAAACAGUGUUUCCGGCCAUUCCAUUCCGAGUGAAGUUGGGCAUUUGAGUCUCUAUCCGAGCAGCAAAUACGCGGUGACCGCCAUGACAGAGGUAGUUCGCCGAGAGUUACUUUCGGCCAAGACGAACAUCAAAGUAACUAGUCUGAGUCCUGGACUGGUGAUGGCGACGGAAAUUUUGGAGGCGGCAGAUUACGUUGAGAGUUAUACUUCGGCUCCCGACGCUCCGUCUCUACAGGCAAAAGAUAUUUCCGACGCUGUUCUCUACAUACUUGGCACACCACCAAACGUUCAGAUAACCGAGCUGACCAUCCGUCCGUUGGGAGAGCGCUUUUGAAUAUGACCACGUGACGCCGAUCUUCCAACAUUUUCGGAAGUGCUGCAGCCGAACUGCGUUACGGAAUGAGUGGAAUUAAAAAUUUAUACCCUUGCGCUGUAACAACGUACUUUGCGAAAAUGCGUAUAUUAAUAUUGUGCCAUUGCCCAAAAAGCGAGUUGUAUGUAAAUUAAAUAAAAAGUUGAUAUCGCCGCUGAUGACGGGAUGAAGAAUUUCUCCUUGAAA